CUGGAGCGACACAGAGAGAGCAAGGGAGGGAGGACAGAAACCUCGACGCUCCGCUUUCCAGGACUACAAACUAACUCCUUCCUCUCUCUUUCCUCUGCACUUAUCAACACUCUUCCCUCCAAAUGCUCCUGUCCCAUCGGAGUUAGCGGCCCAUCUCUGCUUCUACUCAGACUGAUUUAUUCCUCAAACUUUUUUUCCCCUCGGAGCGGAUCUAGCGAACAGGUGGAGAUGAUGGCGAGCGGAGCUGCGCCGCUCUCCCCGGCUCGGCGCACUCAGACGCGGGUGGCGCUGCUGCUGUGGCCGCUGUUUGUGACCUGCUGUCACUUGGUGUCGGCGCAGGAGCUGCCGACCAACGGGGUGAACGGAUACAGCCUGCACCCGCCCUACUUUAACCUGGCCGAGGGCACCAAGAUCACCGCCACGGCGACCUGCGGGGAGGACGACACCGGCAGGACCGUGCAGGACCUGUACUGCAAGCUGGUCGGAGGCCCGGUGUCCGGAGACCCGAGCCAGACCAUCCAGGGCCAGUACUGUGACAUCUGCAGCCAGGGCGACAGCGAUCGUGCCCACCCCAUCACCAACGCCAUCGACGGGACGGAGCGAUGGUGGCAGAGCCCGCCUCUGUCCCGCAGCACCGAGUACAACGAGGUGAACGUCACCCUGGACCUCGGACAGCUCUUCCAUGUGGCCUACGUCUUGAUUAAGUUCGCAAACUCUCCCCGUCCGGACCUCUGGGUUCUGGAGCGAUCCAUCGACUUUGGGCAGACCUACCAACCCUGGCAGUUCUUCGCCUCCUCCAAGAGAGACUGUAUUGAGCGGUUUGGACAGAGGACCAUUGAGAGGAUCAACAAUGAUAACGACAUCGUCUGCACCACCGAGUACUCCCGAAUUGUCCCGCUGGAAAAUGGAGAGAUCGUGGUGUCCUUGGUGAACGGUCGGCCCGGAGCCAUGAACUUCUCCUACUCACCGGUGCUGAGGGACUUCACCAAGGCCACCAACAUCCGGCUUCGCUUCCUGAGAACCAACACGCUGCUGGGACACCUGAUGGGCAAGGCGCUCCGCGACCCCACUGUCACCCGCAGGUAUUACUACAGUAUCAAAGACAUCAGCAUUGGAGGACGCUGUGUGUGUAACGGACACGCUGAGGCCUGCAACGCCAAGGAUCCCAACGACCCCUACAAGUUACAGUGCGACUGUCAGCACAACACCUGUGGCCUGUCUUGUGACCAGUGUUGCCCCGGAUACAACCAGUUACCAUGGAAACCAGCCACAACCUACAGCGCCAACGAGUGUGAACCGUGUAACUGUCACCGUCACUCGUUUGACUGUUACUACGACCCCGAGGUGGAUCAGAAGAGAGGCAGCAUCGACAUCCACGGACACCACAGAGGUGGAGGAGUCUGCCUCAACUGUCAGCAUCACACCACUGGAGUCAACUGUGAGCGUUGCAUCCCCACCUACUACAGGUCACCUGACCACACCAUUGACUCCCCGCUGGCCUGCUCACGCUGCAACUGUCAGUCAGAGUUCACUGACGGUACCUGUGAGGAUCUGACCGGUCGCUGUUUCUGCAAACCAAACUACGCCGGAGAGAACUGUGAUUCCUGCGCCAGCGGCUACAUAAACUUCCCCGGCUGUUACCCCAUCGCCACCGAUCCCACCGAUCCAAACAACAACAACAAUGGCGAGGCCAAAACGGCAGGAGAGAUCAUCAACUGUGAGUGCAGCGCAGCCGGGACUGUGGAUAACUCCUGCAGGCCGGAUCCUCGAACUCAGACCUGCGUCUGUAAACAAGGUUUCACUGGUGACCACUGCGACACCUGCGCUCCGGGUUUCUACGGACUCAACUGUCAGGCCUGUCAGUGUGCAGGUCCCGGCUGUCUGGACGGGUCAUGUGACUUGGUGACAGGUCACAGCGUGUGCCGGAUUGGUUUCCAAGGUGCCCAGUGCGACCAGUGUGCACCAGGAUACUUCAACUACCCGCUCUGUCAACUGUGCGGCUGCAGCACAGUCGGCUCUCUGCCUGAAGGCUGCGAUGCGUCCGGUCGUUGUCUGUGUAAACCAGAGUUUCAGGGUCCUCGAUGUGAACAGUGCAGAUCUGGAUUCCACUCGUACCCCAACUGUCAAGUGUGCACUUGUGAUCCUCGCACCUCAUUGGACACCAGCUGCACAGCGUCGGGUCACUGCCACUGCCGGCCUAAUUACAGCGGAGCGUCGUGUGACCAGUGUGCUCCUGGUUACUAUGGUUACCCAAGCUGCACACCUUGCCAGUGUUCUGCAGAGGGCUCCCGCUACACCAGCUGCGACCAGGCGACGGGACAGUGUGUGUGUCUGCCCAACGUGGUGGGACUGAGGUGUGACAGCUGUGCACACGGCGCCUACGGCUUCCCCAACUGCCAAGCUGGAACCUGUCACCCUGCCGGCUCCGUUCAGUAUGUGGUGCCGCCACCAGUGGGCCAGUGUGAGUGUCGUUACCAUGUGGAGGGCCCCGCUUGUGACAGGUGUAAACCUCUGUACUGGAACCUCUCCCCUGACACUCCUGAUGGAUGCACCAACUGUGAGUGUAACAUCGCAGGUACUAUCAGUGGGGUCGCAGAGUGUGCACAGGAAACUGGUCAGUGUCACUGUAAGCCCAACGCCUGCAGUGGAACCUGCUCCACCUGUAAAGACGGUUACUACAACCUGCAGGAGCAAAACUACUUCGGCUGCCAGGGAUGCCAGUGUGACAUUGGAGGUUCAGCAGGUCAGUCGUGUGGAGAGAGAAACGGCCGCUGUCGCUGCAGACCCAACGUGGAGGGGCCGAAGUGUAAUCUACCUCGUCCAGAUCAUUACUUCCCAGACCUCCAUCAUCUCAAGUUCGAGAUCGAGGAGGGAACCAUGCUGGACGGCCGACCGGUGCGGUUCGGCUACAACCCUCUGGAGUUCCCGGGCUUCAGCUGGAGAGGUUACGCUCAGAUGUCCCCCAUCCAGACUGCAGUGAAGCUUCAGGUUUAUGUGAGCGAAGCCGACGUCUAUCUGACUCGCUUCAUCCUCAGAUAUGUAAACUCUGAGGGCGACACCUCCAAUGGUAAAAUAACAGCCUAUCAGGUCAACCGCAGAGGUUCAGAGCAGUCCAAGCAGAUCGUCUUUGCUCCCAGUGUGGAGCCCACUUUUGUCAACGUCCCCCAAAAUAACUUUGUGGAGCCGUUUGUCCUGAACCCGGGGACCUGGACUGUGGUUAUAGAGGCUGAAGGAAUCUUGCUGGAUUACCUGGUGCUGCUGCCCAGCGCCUACUACGAAGCUCCCAUCCUGCAGAUCAAAGUUACUGAGCCCUGCACCUACAGCUCUGCGCCUGACGCCAGCCACAACUGUCUGCAGUACAGAUAUUUGUCUCUAGACUCCUUCCCCUCCAUCUCCGGUAACGACGCCAGCUGCCGCAACGACAACCACCUGCCACGUCCCUGCCCCAAUGAGAGGGUCACCCCACGCCACCCUGACAUGGCCGUCUGCAGUGGCUUUGAUAUCAACGUCGAGCUGCGAGGUCGUCUGCCGUCUCCAGGUGAUUACGUUCUGGUCGUAGAAUAUUCCAGCGAGGAAGAACUUCCACAGACUCUGUCUGUCGCUGUGAACAUGCCUGGAGCACGAACACACAAGCACCGCGUCAUCCUGCUGCACUGCAAAUACAGCUUCCUGUGUCGAGUCGUGGCCAUCGAUGAGCAGAACAGAGUGGCCGUCUUCUCUCUCCCCGCUGACGUCGAGAUCCAGCUCAUCUCCGACCGCGCCAGCUUCUUCCUGCACAAAGUUUACCUGGUGCCUAAAGACCAGUUUACGAUGGGGUAUGUUGAACCUAACGUCCACUGCAUCAGCACUCACGGACAGUUCUCACCUGACAGUUCCUCCUGCGUCCCCUCGCGCUUCCAGACUCCGUCAGACUCGCUGGUCCUGAAGGAGGGCCAGAGCUCCUCCAUGCAGGAGCCCAUCCUUGCCUCCCCUGCAGCCGCUCCUCCUCUGCCCUUCCGCCGGAGAGACGAGCCGUCAUGGACGGGAGGAGACCGGCCUCCACAUGGAGCCGAUAACAGCAACCACGUCAGGCUGGACUCACUGCAGAAUGCAGCGCAGUACUCCACCCGUGUCCACGCCCUGGGACGUUACGUCUUCAUCCUCCACUAUCACCAGCCGCUCCACCCCAACUAUCCCGUGCAGGUCUACCUUAACGCUGGACGAAUCUGGCAGGGCCACGCCAACGCCUCCUUCUGUCCACAUGCGUAUGGCUGCCGAAACGUCCUGGUCUCUGAGAAUCAGAUCAUUCUGGAUGUGACAGAUCACGAGGUCUUCCUCACCGUGCAGAUACCUGCUGGCAAGACGCUGUGGCUGGAUUAUGUUCUGGUUGUGCCUGAGACGAGCUACAGCUCCAGCUACCUGAACGAGGAACCUCUGGAUAAAUCAUAUGACUUCAUCAGCAACUGCGGCCAAAACAGCUUCUACAUCAAUCCUUCCACGGCCUCUCCAUUCUGCCUCAGCUCGGCGGUGUCUCUGUCAGCCUUCUUCAACAACGGGGCGAUGCCCUGCGCCUGUCAUGAGGUCGGAGCCGAGAGCGACACCUGCGAGCAGUUCGGCGGUCAGUGCCACUGUAGGCCCAACGUGAUCGGCCGAGACUGCUCCAUGUGCGCCACGGGCUACUGGGGAUUCCCCAACUGCAGACCCUGUAACUGUGGUACGAGGUUAUGUGAACCGGUGACUGGCGACUGUAUCUGCCCUCCGAGGACUGUGCUCCCAGAGUGCACCCAGUGUGAGCCCCAGACAUUUGGCUGCCACCCAGUGGUGGGGUGUGAGGUCUGCAACUGCUCCCGGCCGGGCAUCGUCUCCCCCGAUGUGAGCUGUGACACCCUCAGCGGACAGUGCAGGUGCAAGAACAACAUUGUCGGGCGCCAGUGUGACCGCUGCGCUCCCGGUUUCUAUGGUUACCCCAACUGCAGACUGUGUGACUGCAACGAGGCAGGAACCGAAGAGGAAGUGUGUGACUCCUUCACGGGACAGUGUCUCUGCAAGGAGAACGUCCAGGGUUCCCGAUGCGAUCAGUGCAGAGUUGGUACGUUCCACUUGGACCCAACCAACCCGAAGGGCUGCACCAGCUGCUUCUGCUUCGGAGCCACCGACCGCUGCCGCAGCUCUGAGAAGAGACGCAUCGAGGUGAUGAACAUGGAGGGCUGGGUGUUGCUGGGAGCAGACAAACAGGAAGUGCCGGUCGCAGUGUAUCCUGGUCAGGACCUCGUGGAGGCCGAUCUCAGCGACGUGCCCGACGUUUACCAGGACCUCCACUGGCACGCACCAAAGACUUACCUGGGAGACAAGGUCUCAUCCUAUGGAGGUUAUCUGAGGUAUCGUCUCCACACUCAGACUAUGAGAGGCGACGUGUUGUCUCUGCCUGCAGAAGCCUCCAGGCCUGACAUCAUUCUCAAGGGUAACCAGAUGACCCUGGUGUUCAUGGAGAGAGAGUACUCCUCACCUGAAGAGCCUCACCUGGGAAUCGUCCACAUGGUCGAGGGAAGUUUCCGUCACGCUCAGACGGGGAACUCUGUGUCUCGGGAGGAGCUCAUGAUGGUUCUGGUCGGUCUGGAGUCUCUGCAGAUCCGAGCCCUGCACUCACAGUCGGCCCACUCAGUGUCCAUACGUGGGGCUGUGCUGGAGGGCGCUGACAGCCUGCCCACCGGUCGCCAUGCCAACAACGUAGAGAUCUGCAUGUGUCCUGCCAAUUACCUGGGAGACUCGUGUCAGAAAUGUGCUCCAGGUUACUACAGAGACACGAUCGGCCUGUUUCUGGGGAAGUGUGUCCCCUGUAACUGUAACGGACACUCUGACCUGUGUCUGGAUGGAUCUGGGAUCUGUUUGAACUGUCAGCACAACACAGCCGGGGACCACUGUGAGACUUGCCAGGGUGGUUUCCUUGGCAACAACAGUCUUGACGGACAGGCGGUGUCCUGCUCCAGUUGUCCCUGCCCGCUGAGGGUCCCAUCCAACAACUUUGCAGAGGGUUGUGUGCAGAGAGGCGACAGGAUGCAGUGUGUGUGUAUGCCGGGGUACGCUGGACCACGCUGUGAAAGGUGCGCCCCCGGUUUCUACGGCAACCCCAUGGUGCUGGGUAGCAGGUGCCAGCCGUGCAAUUGCAACGACAACACAGACCCCAACAUGUUGUUCACCGACUGCCACCUGCUGACUGGCGAGUGUCUGAGCUGCAUGCACAACACGGCCGGGCCUCACUGUGACAUCUGUGCUCCCGGUUACUACGGAGACGCUAUUAAUGCCAAAAACUGCACCAAAUGUAGCUGCUCUCCAUGUGGCACCCAGUCAUGUGACCCUCACACUGGACAGUGUCGCUGCAAACCUGGAGUCACCGGACCUCGCUGUGAUCGCUGUGAGAACGGCGCCUUUGGUUUCGAGUCGUGCUCCGGCUGCCGUCAGUGUGACUGCGACGCCUCUGCAGCUCUCGUCCAGCCGUGUGACCCUGAGAGCGGUCAGUGUGCCUGUCAGCCCGGAGUCAACGGGCCGAACUGCAAACAGUGCGCUCCUGGAUACUGGGACUACGGACCUGACGGAUGCAAGAAGUGCGACUGUAAAGGAGGUCGCUGUGACCCGCGCACAGGAGAGUGUCGCUGUCCUGACGGGAUGACUGGAAAACAGUGCGACACCUGCUCCAUUAAAUACAACGUACCUGUGGAGCACCACCAUGGCAUGCACUGUGAACCGUGUGACAACUGCGUCAUCGUCCUGUUGGAGGAUCUGGAAAAAAUGGACGACGACUUCCAAUCUGUAGCCACUCAGCUGAGGAGUCUGAACGCCAGCUCCAUGGCCUGGGCUCAGAUGAACAGUCUCAACAAGUCUGUGGAGGACCUCGCUCGGGCCAUCGAGAACUACAACAGCACGCUGGAUGAGAGCAGGAGUCGGGCCGACAUGCUGGAUGCUGAGAUCACAAAUAUCAAUGAUGACAUUAAUGAGCUGCAGAACAAGGCGGCAGUGAUGGCCGACAGGGCCGACGACCUGCAGAACAGUACCACUAACGCGCACAAGAGGGCGCAAGACCUGCUGUCCUUCAUCAACAACAUAACCAAAGAUUUAAACGAUCUCAUGCUGAUGGCGAACCGGUCGUUGCAGAACGACACCGAGGUCGUGCAGGAUGACGAGGAGAGGGAGAGGAUGAUGAGGGAGGUGCAGGCCAUGCUGAGGGAGAUGAGGCUCAGGAGCUGGGUGGGGCAGAAGAAGAUAGCUGACAGAGAGAAGACAGAGGCAAAGAAACUGUUGGAUCGAGUUAACAAGGAGUUGGCAGGUCGUCAUGGAGAAAACAGCGACUUGUCCAAAGCCAUCAGAGACCGCCUGUCCCGCUUCCACUCUGAAAUGAUGGAUCUCCGAGACGCCCUGAACGAAGCGGUGAACAACACCGCCAGAGCCGCAGAGAUCAACAACGUCAACGAGAAAACCCUGGAGGACAACCAGAGGAGGAUCGAAGACCUGUUGGUGAAGCAGAAGGAAGUGAACGACCAGAUAAACAUGGCUGAAGACGAUGUUGCGCAGGUCAACUAUGUGCUGAACAUGCUGCACGACUCCAAAGAGGACUAUGAGCGUUUGGCUGCGCAGCUGGACGGCGCUCGGACACUGUUGGCAAAGAAAGUACAAAACUUGACUUUGGCUGACUCCAAAAUCCCUCUGGUGGAGAAAGCAGAGCAACACGCUGAGUGGCUGAACGCCACAGCCAUGAACCUGACCAGUUUGGUUGCAAAUGCAAAGAAGGAGGGAUUUGUGGAUGUGACACAAGCCUACAACAAGAUCAUCAACAGCAUCAAGGAGGCAGAGGAGGCUGCCAAGAUGGCCGAAAAGGCUGCUAACGACACAACAGAGAACAUAAAGGACCAGGAUCUUGGUAAGAUCGCUGACUCUCUGAGGAACCACAGCGUGGAGCUGAAGAAAGAUGUCCAGGCGCUAAAUGAUGAACUCAACAACAAGCUGAAGCCGCAGCUGGAAGAUGCUAAGAGACGACUGGACGACGCCAAAACCAAACAGGCUGACGUGAUGAAGGACCUGGAGAUGGUUCAGAACAACCUCAACUUCACCACAAAUGUGAGUCAGGAGAUCGACGAGGCAAAGCGAGCAGCAGAUCUGGCGAACACCACGGCCACAGAGGUCAACAGUGCCCUGCGUCCCAUUAAAGAGAAGCUGGACCAAUGGCAGCAGGCCUACGGAGACGCCAACGCCACCAACGAUGACAUCAACAAUGCACUGAUGGAGGCCAACAAGACCGUGCACGCACUGGGUGAGACGAUUCCUCUGCUCAUGAAGAAGUUGGAUAAACUGCAGAAUCAUUCGGCACAGAUGCCAAACAUCUCUGAGAACAUCAGCCGCAUCCGACAGCUCAUACAGCAGGCUCGCAAUGCUGCCAGCAAGGUGAGCGUGCCAGUGAAGUUUAACGGGGCGUCUGGUGUUCAGGUCCGUACACCACAAAACCUGGCCGACCUGGCUGCCUACACCUCCCUGAAGUUCUACAUCACUCUGCCAGAGGCGGCACGAGCCAGGCGGCAGGACAACAGCGAACAACAGUUCGUCUUCUACCUCGGCAACAAGGAUUCCAGUAAGGAGUUCCUGGGCAUGUCGCUGGUGGGGAAGAGACUGCGCUGGUUCUUUAACAUUGGAGGAGAAACAGCUGAGGUGUUAAUGGCUGAAGACGUAAAAGCUAAUGGAAACUUCAACAGCAUAGUGCUGGAAAGGAUCCUGCAGUACGGUCAGAUGUCCAUGUCGUCAGAAGCCACUGAGGGGGACCAAACGGUCACCAAAGCCUACACGGAGGCUGGAGGAGAUCAGGGGCUGCUCAACCUCUUGUCCGACGACACUGUCUUCUAUGUGGGAGGAUACCCGAGUACUUUCAAACCCCCCUCCGUGCUCGCCCUGGCUAACUUUAAGGGCUGUAUCGAGCUUGAUACGCUCAACGAGGAAGUGCUCAGUCUGUAUAACUUUGAGAACAUCUUUGCCCUCAACACUACACAGGAGAAACCUUGUGGCAGGUCCAAGCCAGUGCUGACUCAGGCCUGGGUCAAUGACGCGGCGUAUUUUGACGGUACUGGUUUUGCAGAGAUCACCUUUACUGGUGAAUCGGCUCGCAUGCAGCGCUUCGACCAGGAAGUCAAACUGCUUUCACACAACGGAAUACUGCUCCUGCUACAUAAGGAGAGCCAGUUCCUGUGUAUGGCGGUGCUCCAGGGCAGACUGAAGGUUUUCUAUGACUUCAGUAAUGCCAUGGUGGAGCUUGAGCCCAAAGACCCUUCAUCUGAAUUCCUGAAGAUCAGCGGCGCCGACCCCAAAGCUCUGGAGAUCAUCAUCCUGCGUUCCAUGAACCGUGUCGUGGUGAGGAACAACCGCAAUAACCUCUACAUCCACCAGUUCACAGAGGGCAUCCCCUCGUUCAGUGGCAGCUACUACCUGGGGGGAGUACCGGAGCACAAGAUGCCUGCGAAGUUGAAGCCUCUGUUCCCGAAGCAGGGCUCUCUAAAGGGCUGUUUCAGGAACGUGAAGGCCCAGGACUCUCACAUCGACCUGAAGAGGAUGACCAGUUCUGGAGUCAGUUUUGGCUGUGACAGUGAUCUCCUGGUGGCUCGUGAGGCUCAUUUCUCUGGUCAGAGCUACCUGGACUUGGCUCCAACCAACAUUCCCAGCCUCAGAAACAACUUCUACGCCAGCUUCAGCUUCAGAACCAACCAGAAGGAGGGUCUUAUGUUCUACCACCACGAUCAGGAUGGAGUGUGUCAGGUGUUUUUGAAUGAGGGCCACGUCGUGGUGAGAGCUGCAAACAGUGAGAUUAAGACACUGAAGACGUACAACGAUGACAACAGCCAUUACAUCGCUUUUUACAACAACAUCAACGGGAUGCGUCUGUACAUGGACGACGUGCUGGAGAAAGCAAAGGAGGGCAUCCGAGUGGACAGCAGGGGGCGUGGUGUGACAAGCACACAGGGAAGCACCUUCCUGGGAGGAACGCCCAACCAAGGCCUCACCAACCUCACCGGAUGUAUCAGCAAUGUUUUCAUCAAGAGGACAACGAGUCCUCAGAUGGUUUUGAACCUGCUGAAAGCUAAAGAAAACGUCAACGUUCCUCUGGACUGUCCCGCUGCCAAAAAACCUCAGCAGAUCGUCACUGCCCAGCCCAAACACAGCAACAAACCCAAGGGAAAGCACAAGAAGCCGUCGGGGUCUCGCAGCCGUAACACCAGGGAGUCGUGUCAGGGGGAGCAGUCAGACCAGGAGAUCGGAGCGACACACUUCAGCGGCUCCACACACAGCUACCAGAGAUACGACUCUCUGGCCAGCUCUCUCAGCUCGAUGCCUCACAUCUCCAUGGCGGUGAGGAUCAACUCCUCUGAUGGUAUUGUGCUGUACGCAGCUGGCGGGCAGCGCGGCGCAGCAGUGAUGUCACUCAGCGUGUUGGACGGCCACUUGCUGCUCCUGUUGGACGGAGGGAAGAGGAAGGUCAGCCUGCGCAGCCGCAAGAAGUACAACGAUGACCAUUGGCACACGGUGUUUAUAAAGCGUGAAGGAGAGAAGAUCAGUCUGAUCGUGGACGGCAUCAGCGCUCAGUCGAAGAAAAUCCCCGGAGGAGACAGGACUCGUCUCACGGGGCCAUUAUACAUCGGAGGAGUCCCGCCCCUACUGACGGCUCCAGGCUCUGGUGGUUUCGUUGGUUGUGUCAGGGACCUGAGGCUGAACGAAGCCCCCGCAGGAAGCCCCACUCACAGCCAGGGGACGGUGCCCUGUUUCCAGGACCCUCUACAGCCUGGAGCAUAUUUCUCUGGCCAGGGAGGACACAUCGCAAUCGAUGAGUCUUUAGUUCUGGGUCGGGAUCUGGAGAUCCAGUUGGAGGUUCGGCCUGUGUCAGACUCUGGGCUGCUAUUGCAUGCUGGGAUGUCACCUGACCAAUACCUGAGUUUGGUCCUCAGCCAGGGACAGGUGACAGUUUCAUUAAACAGCGGUAAAGGUGAAUUCUCUACCUCCUUCACUCCUGAAGAACCUCUAUGUAAUGGACGCUGGCACACCAUCACAGUGGUAAAGAAGAACAACGUCCUGCAGCUCCAUGUUGAUGCAGCCAGUGAGCACAGUGUCGGCCCAAGACAGAGCCGCUCUGCAGGGGCCAAAGAGACCGUUUACCUUGGAGGGGUUCCCAAUGGAGUCACAGUUCCUGGUCUACCUGCCGGCCUGCCAUCCUUCCACGGCUGCAUCCGCCUCGCGACCAUCAACCACAGACCUGCCAUGUUGUCCAAACCCCUGGCUGUGCACGGAGCUGUGGGGACGCAGGGCUGCCCACACAUGUAAACCCAACAUACACACACACACACACACACAGUCUUAUCCUCACAUUCCCCAACUACAAAUUACUGGUGGUGGGUGUCAUGUUACUGUAGCUAAUUUAAAAUAUAUAUAUUAAUAUUUAUUUUCUAUUUUCAGAAAAAUGUAUAUUUUAUAUUUUACAGUUUGUCGUUGCAAUAUUACUGGUUUGUUUUUGUGCUACAGGGUGCUAUAACACGUGUCUGCACACAGAGAUGCACUGAUACAGGUGACUGCUGCAAAAUAUCAAAUAUCGAUCAGAAAUCAAUUCUAAAAAACAAAAUGUGUGUAUAUUGUAAAUAAAGGCAACACAGCUUGAUUUUUCUUGCUUUUGCAAACACAGAUAAUCUUGAGCCGCAUAUAUUAAAGGAUGUAUACAGCUGUUUAUCGUGCAUCUCUAGCAGAGAAUGUUAAAUACCUACUGAGUCGGUACACUGUGAACACUGUAAUGUAUGAGCAACGUCCUCAGGCAGCGCAGAUGGCAAACGUUUCCUGUAACUGGGACUAGGACUGGACUUUUGGGAACAUCAGAGUUAAUUGAUUCUCAGUGAUUUUUGUAUUAAAUAAUGAAUAAAUUUAAAAUUCAACUAGCUGCAUAGAAGCAGAGAAGAGGAGAUAAGAGCAGGUGUUUUAGUCGCUGCUCCAACACUGUUUUGAUGUGUUAUGGCCUUAACUGUCUUUCCCCCUCUACAUUAGGGUUUUAAACGGAAGCUGAGAACAGUCGACCUUGCUUUUAUUUCUUGAGACCGACUUAAUUCUUUCAUGAUCUCAAGAAAAUAAGCUUUGUUAUCUCAACAAAACAAAGGGUUGUUUCCUGUUAUUAUGUUUAUCAGAGACAGUUCACGCAGAAGAGUGGGUUGUUUGCAUCCCUGAAAUCAGGUGUAAUCAGAUGAACCAGACACACUUAAUAAUCUCUGUAAUUAUUUCUUGAUCUGGAGAAAACAAGUCGAUCAAGAAAAUUAUCUUGUUGCAUAAUCGCCAUUUGUUUUUUUCAAGAAUCAACAUAAAUUAACCUGUUAUCACAAGAAAAUGAGAUUUGUUUUCUCGAGAUGAUUGAAUAAUUAACUCAUCUGGAGAUAUCGGGGUUCAAAAAAUAAUUCCAAGUACGCCCAUUCUUGGCUUCCUUGUGUAUAAUGACUUUAAUUUUCUUUUCUCCUCUUCAUUAAGGUUUUGUAUGGAAGUCAAGAACAGUCUUUUUUUGUAUGUCUAAUUUUUAGAUCAAGUUAAUUUUUUCAUUAUCCCAAAGGAAUAAGCUUGGUUAUCUCGACAAAACAAAAAGUCGUUUCUUUUUAUUUCUCGUUUAUCAGACAAUUCACGCAGAAAAAGUGAGUUGUUUGCGUCCCUUAAAUCAGUGAUUUAAUGAAGUUUAAUGAAUACUCAUUUUUGAAUUUAAGAACAACUAUUCAAAAAGUGAUCAAUUAUCCUGUUGAGAAAUUGCUUAUUUGUUUUCUUGAGUAUCGACAAAUUAAGCCAUUAUCACUUUCGAUAACAAAAUUAUUAACUCAUUAUCUCAAUAUAAAGGCAUUAAAAAAAAUUAUUUCAAGUACGGCCGCUCUCAGCUUCCACAGUUAGAUUAAACAGCAACAACUUAAUCAGAAGUCAGUUUUCUCCUCCUCCUUACACACAGUGUUGGAAAGUCAAAAGAUUAAUUCCACCAUGAAGCAAGACAACAUCAUAACUGUCCCAUCUGUGAGGUCACAUCCAGGUUGCAAGCAGCGUUUCCCAUCUCUAUUCCGUCAUAAAUGUAAACAUGUACCAAACAUGAGUGUGAAGCUUGUAUGUAAUAUAACCACUUUAUAUAAAAAAAUGUCACCGAAAGAAUAAGCUGUUCCCUCCCCACACUCCCAGCCCCCCAUGUGUUGUAAAUGUAUUUUUUAAAUAAAGUUUUUAAUACAAA